CAGACGUUGGCGAUGGUGCUGAUCAGGGCAAUCCGGAUCUGAAAAGCAAUGCGAUAAUAAUUGACGUGCGCGCGGAGGAAUGGUUACACGAAACAUACACGAGCAACAGGUCCCUGAUAGCCUUGAGCAAAUAUCCAACUCUUGAAGUACCAACCACAACCUAAAGCACCAACAAACCUCUCCUCCAUAACGAACCGCACAACUUUCUUAUACUUUUGACGUUCAGAACUUAGUUCCGGUUUUAAGCAUUAAGACGUCCUCGGUUGUUCCCUCUAUUAUAGAAGUACUAUUAUCGAUUCGAAGUGCAGACCGAUUUAUAUCGGGCCGUCCUUCCUUUUCCUUUCUUUUCGUUUUGUUCCUAAAAUUUGACUCAGUGCUUCCUGAUUUACUUACUAAUACUAACGCAAGAAGCAUCAAAAUGGACGGACGCAAAGUCUCCGCGAGCAGCGCCGAGCGUGUCUUCGGGAAGAUGUUGCUUUGUUCUUUGCUCACGGUCGUUUCGGUCGUGGAGCCAUCCUAUACUUGCUUCUACGUCUUAGCUGCAGUGGAGCCGAACGGGAACGCGGAGCUGGACCUGGACACCACGGCGGGUCGCAACGCCCACACGAAUGGCCGUGGUUUCUUGGGUCCGCGGGACACGGGGAGAGUCGCGGCCGUGAACAAAGCGGCCGCCAGGGACGUUGGUUUCACCCGUGAGGAGUGGCAAGAGAUAGCGACGAAGAAUUUGAAGGCAAGAGCGUCCGAGGUAUUUGAACCCUUUGUGGCGAGCGACCCUGAGCUGUCUUUGAACCCGUUCGAGGACGAGAAGGUGUCUUCUCUUUUAAAGAACAUUGAAGAGCCAAAUGCUUACUCGCCCCUCUCGGAAAACGAGAAGCGACGAAUCGUGAUUGAAAAGAUGCACGAAAUCGUGAUUGAAAAGGCGCGGGAAAGUGGCAAAAAGGCCUAUUUGAAAUACCUUCUUCUUGAAAAGUUCAAAUGAAAAGCUUGUAGUGGAUCAUAACCUUACACUGACUUGAGAGUGGCCUCGUACUGACUAAGGCAUUAUGACGGGGAUGCUUUCAGGCGAUUGAUCUUGAUGCGCAAGUUAACUCAAAGAUCUUCUAUAUCGACGAGGACAAGGAAGUAGGAGGACCGAGAAAGCGGGUAGUCAAGGAAGAGGUAGGAACUCCCCCUCAUUCUGCCCCGUUGUUUUGUAUGAUGAAAGACCUUGUGGCGCUGACAUACUAGUUUUCGUUAAUAAAAGACCUUAUGGCGCCGAUUUCGCGCUGCCCAAGUUUUAGAAUAAAUCCAUGCGCUCGUCCUCCCUUUUAACCGGUACAGUUUUUUUCUUUGUACAACGAAGGAACAAGAGAAGGCAAAACACACUGCGUGUGCAUUGCUAAUUAGUUAGCUCUUUCAUAAGGUAGAAAAGCCGACUUUUCUAAGAACUCCGUCAGCUUGGGGUAAAGUCAUCAUUCAUUCAUGAUCCUGCUAGGAGGCUGCAGGACAUGUAGAAUCGCAAAAAGAGGACUAUUUUCACCGGAAUUCAUUGUGAUCGAAAGCAAUCUAAAAGCAUUAACAACUACAUACGGUAGUCUUAUUCAUCGGGCGGAAGCAAGCAAACCCAAACGAUUCUCGCCUGACCAUAGUGAUUAAGUUGUGAAGAUCGGCUAUAUUAAAGACAUGAAAAGAACUUUCCUGCAAUCUAUGUAUUAGCUGGCAACGAAGCAAGCCGCGGCAGGAGGUCCGGGUUAACGCGGUUGCCCUGCCAGGGAGUGAAACCCAAGGGGCACAACAACAACUGCACACAGGUAGCGGCAUUGCUUCCAGCCUAGAAAUCGUUCUUUUCUAGCACUACAAAGCAGCGGGGCGCAAGUGCCCCAUCACAGGCACAAGCCGCGUGGCUUAGAAACCUUUCCAUACAAUGUCCGUAGUGCGCUGUCCAAACUAAU